AUGAUGAUUCGGAUGAUAAUGAUGAUUCGCAUGAUGAUGAUGAUGGUGAUGAUGACUCGCAUGAUGACGGUGAUGAUUCGGAUGAUGAUGAUGAUGAUUCGGAUGAUGAUUCGGAUGACGACGAUGACGGUGAUGAUGAUGCUGUCGAUGAUGAUGACUCGNUCGGAUGAUGAUGAUGAUGAUUCGGAUGAUGAUGUGGUUGAUUCGCAUGAUAAUGAUGAUACGGACGAUAAUGAUGAUUCGCAUGAUGAUGAUGAUGGUGAUGAUGACUCGAACGAUGAUGAUGAUGAGUCGGAUGAUGAUGCUGAUGAUUCGGAUGAUGAUGAUAAUGAUUCGGAUGAUUACGAUAUUGAUGUUGAUGAUGAUUCGGAUGAUAAUUCGGAUGAUGAUGAUGAUUCGCAUGAUGAUGAUCAACCGGAUGAUGAUGACGAUUAUUCGGAUGAUGAUGAUGAUGAUGAUGAUGAUGAUGAUGUUCCGGAUGAUGAUUCGGAUGGUGAUGAUGGUGAUGAUGAUGAUGAAUCGGAUGAAGAUGAUGCUGACGAUCGAGAUGUUUCGGAUGAUGAUGACACGGAUGAUGAUGAUGCUGAUGAUGAUGAUUCGGAUGAUUAUGAUAUUGAUGUCGAUGAUGACUCUCAUGAUAAUUCGGAUGAUGGUGAUGAUUCGGAUGAUGAUGAUUCAUCGGAUGAUGAUGAUGAUGAUUCGGAUGAUGAUGAUGAUGAUACGGAUGAUGAUGAUAAUGAUGAUGAUGAUGAUGUUGACGAUGGUUAUGAUGAUGAUGAUUCGGAUGAUGAUUCGGAUGAGGAUGAACCGGAUGAUGAUGAUGAUGAUUCGGAUGAUGAUUCAGAUGACGAUGACGUCGAUGAUGAUGAGGAAGAUUCGGAUGAUGAUGAUGAUGCGGAUGAUGAAGUUGAUGAUGAUGAUGAUUCGGACGAUGAUGAUGAUCAUUCGGAUGAUGAUGAUGAUGAUGAAUCGGAUGAUGGUGAUGAUGAUUCGAUUGAUGAUGAUGAUUCGAAUGAAGAUGUUGAUGAUUCGGAUGAUAUUGAUGAUAAUGAUGUUGACUCGGAUUAUGAUGAUGAUGAUUCGAAUGAUGAUUCGGAUGAUGAUUCGAAUGAUGAUGAUGAUGAUUCGGAUUAUUGUGAUAAUGAUGACGACGAUGAUUCGGAGGAUGAUGAUGAUAAUGAUGACCGUGAUGAUAAUGAUGUUGAUGAUGAUGAUGAUGACGAUGAUGAUGAUGAUGAUGAUGAUGAUGAUGAUUCGGAUGAAUGUGAUGAUGUUUCGGAUGUUGAUGAUGAUGAAUCGGAUGAUGAUGAUUCGGAUGAUGAUGCUGGUGAUGAAGAUGAUGAUACGGAUGAUGAUGAUGAUGAUUCGGAUGAUGAUGAUGAUGAUUUGGAUGAUCAUUCGGAUGAUGAUUCGGAUGAUGAUGAUGAUGCGGAUGAGGAUGAAUUUUCGGAUAAUGAUGAUCAUCCGGAUCAUGUUGUUGAUGAUGAUGAUGACUCGGAAGAUGAUGAUGAUGAUUCGGAUGAUGAUGAUGAUGAAUCGGAAGACGAUGGUGAUGACUCGGAUGAUGAUUCGGAUGAUGAUGAUGAUGAUUCGGAUGAUAAUUCGGAUGAUGAUUCGGAUGAUGAUGAUGACGCGGAUGAGGAUGAAUUUUCCGAUAAUGAUGAUCAUCCGGAUCAUGUUGUUGAUGAUGAUGAUGACUCGGAAGAUGAUGAUGAUGAAUCGGAUGAAGGUGAUGAUGAUUCGAUUGACGAUGAUGAUUCGGAUGAAGAUGAUGACGAUUCGGAUGAUAAUGAUGAUGAUGAUGAUGAUGACUCGGAUGAUGAUGAUGAUGAUUCGAAUGAUGAUUCGGAUGAUGAUGAUUAUGAUUCGAAUGAUUAUGAUAAUGAUACCAAUGAAGCUGAUGAUUCGGAUGAUGAUGUUUGGGGUGAUGAUGACGACGAUUCGGAAGAUGAGUCGGAUGAUCAUGAUUCGGAUAAUGGUGUUGAUUCGGAUGAUGAUGAUGAUGAUGAUGAUGAUGUUGAUGAUGAUGAUGAUGUUUCAGAUGGUGAUGAUGAUGAUUCGUAUGAUGAUGAUGAUGAUGCGGAUGAUGAUUCGGAUGAUGAUGAUGGUGAUGUUGAUGAUUCGGAUGAUGAUAAUUCGGAUGAUGUUGACUAUGAUUCGGAUAAUUCGGCUGAUUAUUCGCAUGAUGAUGACUCGGAUGAUGAUGAUGAUGAUUCGGAUGAUGAUGAUGAUAAUAAUGGUGAUGUUGAUGGUUCGUAUGAUGAUAAUGAUGGAGAUGAUUCGGAUGAUUAUGAUGACGAUUCGGAUGAUGAUGAUGAUGAUUCGCAUUAUGAUGAUGAUUGGGAAGAUGACGAUGAUGAUUCCGUUGAUGAUGAUGAUGAUUCGGAUGAUGAGGAUAAUGAUUCAGAUGAUGAUGAUGUAUCGGAUGAUGAUGAUGAUGACGAUGAUGAUUCGGAUCAUGAUCUUUCCGAUGAUGAUGAUGAUGAUGAUGAUUCGGCCGGUGAUUCGGAUGAUGAUGAUGAUGAUUCGGAUGAUGAUCAUCAUGAUUCGGAUGAUGAUGAUGACGAUGAUGAUGGUGAUCAUGGUGACCAUUCGGAUGAUGAUGAUGAUGAUUUGGAUGAUGAUUUGGAUGAUGAUGAUGAUUCGGAUGAUGAUGAAGACGAUCCUAAAGAUGUUGAUGAUGAUUCGUAUGACGGUUCGGAUGAUGAUGAUUUGGAUGAUGAUGAUGACGAUAAUGAUGAUGUUGAUGAUCAUGAUUCGGAUGACGAUGAUAAUGAUUCGGAUGAUGAUGAUGAUGAUGAUGAUGAUGACGACGAUGAUGACCAUGAUGAUGAUGAUGAUGAUGAUGAUGAUGAUGAUUCGGAUGAUGAUGAU